GAAAGAAAACUAAUUAUAUAAUGGAAGAGGAUGAUCAAAGUAAUAUCAUCCAGAAACUUAAGAAAGCGAUACAAGACAAUGAUGCAGAGAGCCUUAAAGAAAUUCUUCGAUCCUCUCCCGGGGCUUCAGGUCUAACUGUAGAUGGACUGCCUUUAAUACAUUAUGUCUGUAAGCAGCCAGGAUCAAGUUGUGAUGUCAUACAGGCCAUUCUGCAGUCCAGCAGUGUCGACGUCAACCAAUCAAGUGAGGAGGGAACACCACUGCAAUUGGCCUGUAAGCAUGGAACUGAUCAGGUGGUGCCAGUUUUGCUGGAUGCGGGGGCAUGGCUGGAGUCCGAAGAAGUCCCUAUUUAUGAUGUCAACUCCCCCUUUUACCUAGCGUCAGCAUGCGGCCAUUAUGGGGUCAUAGAGAAGCUGUUUUUGUACCAGCCAAGUACGUCUAAUAUACCAACACCACUGGAGUUGGUGAAGGAUCUGAGGGUGAGGACUUGUCUCCUGUAUGCAGCCUGUUUGGGAGGUAACCAGAGGAUCAUUCGACUAUGGCUGACCCCGGAAAUGGACAUCAACCACCCCCCUUAUUACUCUCGCGGCGGCUCCUUCUCUAUGGACAAGACUCCACUGUAUGCAGCUUGUGCUGGAAAUCAUCUAGAAGUGACUGAGCUGUUAGUAGGAUUUGGUGCCGAGCUUACCCAGAAAAUCAUAGAAGAUUUCCCAGAGAUCUCCAGUAAACUGGUGAAGAACUGCAUCAGUCAACAGCAACUGGAAUAUACAAAUGAAGACUACAGUGAAGAUUUAGUGCACAUAGCCAACUACAGUCACAAAGAACUGGGAGGUUUUCACGAAUACUGGCUGUCUGAUUACAAAAACAUUUUAGUGGAACUCAACAUCAGUAACAAUAAUAUAAGACGUCUGCCGGCGGCCAUCCCCUGGUCGCUACCCUCCCUCAAAAUAUUUAACGCCUCCUGUAACAAAAUUACUGCCUUCAAAGUGGAAAAUCCCUCAGCAAUACAGUGCUCUCAUUUAGAAAAUGUCCUCCUUCAAGAAAAUUUGCUAGAAGAACUGUGUUAUGAACUUUUUCAACUACCAGAACUGAAGUAUUUGAAUGUCGCUCACAACAGAAUGAAGUAUUUAGUGAAGUCUCACCAGAGAUAUGACGACUGGAAGAAACUGUCGUCAGAGGCUGAGAAACCUGAGUGGUCCUGUACAAAAUUACGCUGCCUGAAUGCUUCGUAUAACAAAUUAGAGAUGUUACCGACAGAAAUCAGUAGCUGUACUGGUCUGGUAGAACUAGACGCCAGCAACAAUAAACUGGUGGCCUUCCCAUCACCAUGGGAAUGUAAACUGUCCACAUUAAAUCUUUCUCACAAUGAAAUAUUCCGGUUUGCCCCGAGUGUGGAACUAUUCUGGUGUGCAACUUUAAAAAAGCUACAUCUUGACUUCAACUUAUUAGAGGAAAUGACAGAAAGCAUGGUCAAACUAUGUUGUCUACAGGUGUUAAAUUUAUCUAACAACAAAAUCAGUGUCCUUCACAGACCAGAGGUCUGGGACUGUAAAAUGUUACAGAUACUGGACCUCAGUGGCAACAGACUGGGGCUCCCCACGGGGGAUUCAGCUCUUCCUUGUCAGAAGCCCAGAAUACUGCCAAGAAGGUUGAGUCGAAAUUCUACAAGUGCGGAAAAUGAAUCCGCAAAAAUUGUAUUCCCCUCAUUUUUGGCUCAUUGUCUGAAUGAGUUAAAUCUGAGUGACAAUUUUUUGGAUUGUGUUCCCCCUUCUGUCUGUGAACUCGUGUCACUGCAAACUUUAGAUAUAUCAAGAAAUCCAUCCAUAAAAGAAUUACCAAAAGAACUAGGGCAGUUAAGUCAGUGUAACAGCCUGAAUGUCCAUGGCACAAAGAUAGCUGGGGAGGAACCAGCGUCCCCUGUGGAUUGUCACAUAUGGACCAAGAAAAUGAUUCAGAGUCUGAAUGAAAAAUUACGACAGAGCAAAGGGUACUACAGAUUAAAGCUGGUAGUGGUGGGCAAGAAGGAUAAAGGAAAAACCGCCAUUACUAACCUACUAGGCUGUAAAUCCAAUAUCGAGUUCCAUGGAACUGGACUUCGGAGGGUAGAAACCAUUCUGUCUCCCAAAAAGAAAGUUGGUCUUUUUGAAAAGCUGCCGGGGCACCAUCAUAAACACAGAAUUCGGACAGAGCGGGACCACCCUAAGAAGGUGCCAGUAGAGCUGUGUGUGUGGGACCUGGCGGGAGACGAGUGUUAUAAGGCCACCCAGCACUGCUUCUUCACCCCUAACUCUCUGUACCUCGUGGUCUGGGAUCUCUGGUCUCUGGCCAAAGACAUGGACAAAAUAGGAAAACUUCUCUACAGUAUAGAGGCAAGAAAUCCAAAUUCAAAGGUGAUCAUUGCUGCCACCUUCCUGGACAAGAAUAACAGCCCGACCAGAGUCACUGAAGUGACAGAAAUCAAGGAGAAGCUACUAGAGGCCUUUGGGAGUUCCUCGGAAAGAUGUGGGGGACUCUGCUCCCAGCUAGAGGAUUACAACAUCAUCCCUAUGUCUUGUACCACAGGGGAAGGUGUGGCUGAGUUAAGAGAUGCCCUGUACAAUGCAGCCUUUACAAUGAAGGAGGGAGGGAAAUCAGCAGGGAGAUACCUGUUGGGGAGGAGCGUACCUAACAGCUACCUACAGGUGGAGAGAGAGGUAUACAGAGAGCUGGAGAACCGAGUUAGGGAGGAAAAACCCACCUUCCUCGUCCAGAAUGAGUUGUAUGAACUCAUAGAGAAGAUUCCAGGUUGUGAUAUAGAGAUUCCUCAAGAGAUACCAGAGGUUGUGAAAUUCCUGGUCACAUCUGGAGCAAUGUUACAUUUCAAUGAACAGCUACAGGGACUAAACAACUUCUAUUAUCUGGACCCGACCUGGUUGUGUGAUGUUCUGUCACAGGUUCUUAUGGACUCGGCAUUGGUUCGCUCUAUGAAGGGAGGUAAGAUCCCCCUGUCUACAGUACAGGAUAUGUAUCUAAAGGAUUCCAGAUUUCCUAACGAGAACGUCCCUCAAUACAUACAACUGCUGGAACAAUUUGAAAUCGCUCUCAAAGUGGAGUCAGAUAAAAAGUUAUUCAUCCCCUCUCAUCUUCACCCUAACCCUGGAAUGGACCUCCAGUUUCAUGGUCGGGACGGUAAGCGAGUGUUCCGUCUGUACCAGCUGGCCUUCAUCCCUAACGGACUGUGGAGCAGGCUGCUGUCUAGGAUCAUGUGUAGAAUUGAACUCCUGGCCAAUGACUGGGUCCUCAGGUCCUCUGUCAGAAUGAAACCCGGGAAAUCCCUCUACAGGUUCAAUUCUAAAGCUAGCCUCACUGGAGGCAAGGGCUUGAAGAUAAGCAAUAAGGACAUGAUAUACUGGGAGGACGGGAUGUUCCUGAGGCACGAGAAGGGGCACUUCAUGCUGGAAUCUAUCCAGGUGACACAGAAGGAGGGGUACACGACCCACGGGAUCCUCAUCACUGUCCAGUCAGUGGAGGAGGACUACUCUAUAAUGGGGAUGAUUGUAGACGCGGUGGAGGACCUCCUCAGUGAUCACUACCCAGGUUUGAUGGAUUAUGACAUGAUGGGGAGACCAAGAAUACAGAGAUUUGCCGUCUGCCCUGUUUGUUACACCAUCACCUCCACUGUACUCUCAUCUAACCUAGACCACUUCACGGUGGAGCACUGUGCCAGGCUACUUCUAUCAGGGGACAGUGCUGUUUGUAGGAGGGGCUCCAAGGUCCCCCUCAGUCAACUGGUCCCAGAGCUACUGAUGCAGGAACUACCCAAAAAAUUCCUGCUUGAUCCAGAUAAACUCCAGGUGGAUCCAUCCAAUAAAAAGGCUUAUCUAGGGUCAGGGGUCACGGGGUCAGUUUUCAAGGGUAAAUAUGGAGAUGUGGAAGUCGCUGUGAAGUAUUAUCACGGAGCCCCCACAAUGUCUGGGAAACACUCGCUAGACAGCAGUUAUUACUCUGGUAACAUAUCCAGUGUGGAGAGGAAUAAGCCAGUGCAGACCACUGAAGAUGACUAUGAUGAAGAAGAGGAUUAUGUGAAUGCUUUACAGAUGCAUUUAGACAGUGAUGAAGUUAGCAGUAUUAAGGCAUUCCGGGCAUUUAUGGAAAUGAGACAAGAAGCUGACGUCACAAGCAAGUUGGACCAUCCUUGCAUUGUCUCCCUGAUUGGCAUUUCCAUCCGACCAGAUCUUCUGAUGUGUCUGGAAUUAGCUCCCCUGGGAAGCCUAAGGAGGGUGUUGGAUAAGGAGAUAGAAGGGAGAGAACCCUUCAACAAAUACAGAGAUAAGGACAAGGUGUUCUGGCCGGUGUUCAACAAGGAAACCAACUUCAAACUUGUUCAUCAGAUCAUGGAUGGACUGGCUUAUGAUGAAAAGGUGGACCUGUUCUCCUUUUCAAUGGUUUUAUAUGAGAUUUUGUCUGGUGAGAGGCCAUACUGUGAAUACAAGAAUAUGGCACAGAUAUCAAGGGCCAUGAAAAUGGAGGCCAAAAGACCAAACCUUCAGGACUUUAACAUAGACCCUCGUUUCCCAAUGAUGGAGCGUCUGAUGCAACUGUGUUGGAACCAGGAUGCCACUAAACGCCCGAGUGCGCGGGAGAUCCUGACCACUAACUAUAUGAUGUCAGCAGACUUCCUGGCUCAGCACAAACACUUCCCCAGAGAACUGGAGGAGGUGGAUCAUGUUACAGCAAUAACUGAGCAUGAUGAUGAUGGGAAACAACAGGUGUGGAUUUGGGAGGGGAGCGGAGACGACCGCUGUUACCACAUCCUGGAUGCCACCAUGUGUGUCUAUCAGGCCUACAGGAAACCACUGCCUGGUGCUGCAGUAACCUGUAUGGAGAAGAUCGGUAAACAGAUGUGGAUUGGUACCGAGGAUGAACAAAUAGAAGUUUUUGGACAGCAGGGAGUUGGACAUCCAUCAUCCUUAAAGAAAAUUGACAACUUAGGAGCCACUCCUACAUGUAUAGAGUUUGUCAAGGAACCUGACUCGAGCAUCAAGAGAGUGUACAUCUUAUUAGGAGAUGGUCAGCUUAAACUGUACCACCAUAUCAAGAAACCAGAGGUAAUAGAAGGCGAGGAGGUGAACAUGAGGCACCAGUUUAACUGGCACCUCAAGAAGACCCUCAGGUUGUCCAAGAGGACCGCCUCCUGCAUGGUUUAUGUGGAGGAGACAGAGGAAAUGUGGUGUGGUUGUGGAAAUGAAAUUGUGAUAGUGAGCAGUAAGACUGAAAUGAUUGAGAGACGGAUUGAGAUAAACAAAGACUGCCAAGCCUUACUGGAAAAUAAAUUACCCGACGUUGCAAAGCUUGUACACAUGGACUUCAGGGUAUGGGCUCUUCUUGCCAACAGUAGUGAGAUUCUGGAAUUUGAUACAGAAAUGGGCAUUUUGACACACAUUCUGAAAUGUGAUCAGAUUAAUCCCCACCGAAUGGUUGUUUCUAAAUACAUUUCUGGCAAUACGGUCAAUGUACAAGCCAGGCCGAUAUCCCGAAGAAUGUCUGAUUCUUCUUGUUCCGGUGACAAUAUCUCCUCUGGGGAGUUUGAUAAAUGGUUUGAUGAAGAUGCAGCUAAAAAUCCAGACGGUGAUGAGGGCCCACCCCCUCCAGUUCCUGAGAGAAGCUAUUCGAUCAGUUCCUCCCGCCGUCAACCCUUUUCCCCACCCCUGCCUCCGAGGCACCCCACCAUUAGUGGCAAAUCUCAGACCCUCCCCGCCAGGACCAGCCCCACCUCUAAGAGCCCCACCCCACAGAGUCCAGUGGCACCCAGGAGUCGCCACCCUCUCGUCAAUUCAGUGGUGGGGGUGGGAGACUCUUUAUGGGUGGGCAGAUCCAGUGGGGACAUCUUAAUCAUCAACAUCAAAUCAGCAUCUCAAUGUCAACAUGGUUGUGUGAUGGCUGUCAUGCACAGUCACUGUGAUAAACAGCACAUAGCCCACGCAGUGGAGAAACUUGUCACCGUGGGGGACCUGAUAUUCUCUGUCAUUAAAGCAGAUUCUAAAUAUUCUGAAGUCACAGCAUGGGAGGCGUACGAUGCAUCAAAAAUUCAAAAACUGGAAAAAAUAUGGGCACGUCCAAAAAGUUUGGUCUACACCAUGAAUACAUUUAAUACAGAGGAUGUAGUAGAAAUGGGACAAAUUUAAUUAUACAUGUGUUAAAAUAGAAACAACUUGUUUAAUUGACAAAGUGCAAUUAUGUACAUAUCUGUUCUAUUUAACCAAACAUUUAUAUAAAGUGCAAUAGUUGUACCAUACUGCAUUACUGUUAUACAUUGUAUAUUUUUUAACAAUUCUAUAUACUCAUAAUUGUUGAAAUUUUACCAUUUUAAAAAUAUUUUUAACUACAUAAUGCAUUUGUUAUUUUCAUUUAUAUCUUAUUCAAUAAUCAUUACUCAUUAUACAGAGAUGUUAAUGAACAUUUUCUUCAUGUCAUUUUGUCUAUUGUUCUUUCUUUAUGAUAGAGGAUUUUUCCAAUUUUAUUUUUCUAUUUUCAGAAAGCAUUUUAAAUUUUGCCCCUUGAAACAUUAAUUUUUUCUAAAAAUGUUUGUAAUAUUUUAUUAUUACUGAUUUUAUGAAUAUUAAUGCCAAAACCAUAUAUAAAAUUUAUAAUAUCUGUUUUAUUUGUGUUGGGGGUGGGGGUAGUUGCAGAAAAAAGAAUACCUCUAUUAAAUUACGAUAAAGACUGCUUUAUUCUGAUUCCAUCAGAACAUGUGCAUUACCUUGAUGUAAAAUCUCCAUUCUUUGGGGAGAAAGUAGGAAGGGGGGGGUGCUCUUCAUCAUUUUGAUUCACUAUGACCAGUGAAGAUUUUAACCAUUAUUAAGUUUUCACAUUGAAAACUAAACAUUUUUGUGCAAUAUUUUAAUGUUCAAGAGUGCACACCAUGAUAAACACAUUGUAAUUAUGCACGUUAUGUUCAGCUAAAAAGACUGUAAUAUUAUUGUACAAUGUAGCUAUUUUAUUGCAUGUCUGUCUAAGAUUAAUUUCCAGCAAAAAGGCAGUUAAACUUUCUAGAAGUCUUCAUCACAUUUGUAUAUACAUGUUUUAGGAGUUGGGUAUGACACCUUAAAGUUUGAUCAUUGAUUAACUGUACAUAAAUCUUUUCUUUCAAAUCCUUUACAAUAUAUCUUUUUGGAUGUAAUUACAAAUUAUGAGAAUAACUGUAUUAUAUUAUAUUCUAGAAAAGGGGUAUAAAACAUGUUAUUAAUGUAAAAAUGUUAUUUCAAAAAUGGGUAAAUAAAAAAAAAUUGCAAAUUGAUAA